AUGAUCGACGAGGGAGGAGGGGCAGACGAGGGUGCUUCCAGUGAGGAAGAAGGCUCGGGAACGGUCGAGGGCUCCGGAACCACGGAUGAUUCAGGAGGAGGAGCGGACGGCGAUGGACCUUCAGACGCGGAGUCAGCAGGACUGCUUGAUGGAGGCGCGAUACUUGUCGGUGGUGGUGCAGCGCUAGAAGACGGAAGGACUGUGCUAGACGGUGCAGGUGCCGCACUACUUGGAGGUGGAGCCGGGCUCGACGAUGGAGGUGGAACUCGAGUACUGCUUGGCGGUGGUGGUGGCGGUGAAGCGCUGCUAGAGGGUGGCGGCGGAGGAGGUCGCGAGCUGCUAGGGGCUGGGAUUGCACUAGAAGAAGGAGGUGGAGGGGGAGGCCUACUUGAGGUUGGUGGAGGAGGUGGCGGCGGCGAGCUUGGAGGAGCAGCGGUGGUUGUUGGUACUGCACUUGUUGAGGGUGCUUCCGAAGAUGGCAGAACGACAGAUUGCGCAGUCGGCCUUCGAACCGUCGAUGUACUCAGGCCGGCAACCGAGGAAACAUAG